UUUAAUAAUCUCUAAAUAAAUAUACAAAAACAAAAAUAUAUUAUUUUGUAUUUUGGGCGAUUAUAAAUUUGUAGUGAGGUUAUGUUGUUAGUUUUUAAGGUUAUUUUUGCCUUCUUGUAUUAUUUCUAGUUUAUUAAAAUUAAUUAUGGCUUUGUGCGAAGCUGAGAAAACAUUCAUUUUACACGGAGUAGAAGAAAACUUUCGUAUUGAUGGCCGUACAAGAGAAGAUUAUCGUCCAAUGGAAUUGGAAACUGACAUUGUAUCCCAUGCAUUUGGAUCAGCUCGAUUAAGAUUAGCCAAUACAGAUGUCUUAGUUGCUGUAAAAAUUGAAGUUGAUAUCCCACUUCCAGACAAACCUAAUGAAGGCAGAAUUGAAUUCUUUGUAGACUGCUCUGCAAAUGCCACCCCAGAUUUUGAAGGUCGUGGAGGAGAAAAUCUUGCUGUUGAAAUAUCGAACAGUUUAGAGUCUGCAUAUGGAUCUGCACUAGCAUUUGAUCUUACAAAACUUUGCAUACUAAAAGGCAAAAAAUGUUGGAAAAUAUAUGUUGAUAUUUUGGUGUUAGAAUGUGGAGGAAAUCUAUUUGAUGCAGUAUCUGUAGCAGUUAAAGCUGCUUUAUGGAAUACACAAGUACCAUUAGUUCAAUCAGUGCAUGUUGAUGGAAAUAAUGUUGAAAUGGAAGUAUCUCAAGAAUUACAUGAUUGUCUAAGGUUAGACAUAAAGAAAGCACCAGUUAUGGUUACAGUAUGUAAAAUAGGAGAGCAUUGUUUAGUGGAUCCUAACCCAGCUGAAGAGAAAUGUUCUGUUGGAUCAAUUGUUGUGGCAGUGUCUGGAGACAAGUUUACUACUAUUUUACAAAGUGGUGCUAGUUCAUUACAUCCUGCUACAUUACUAGAAUCAUUAAAACUGGGUCAUGUGGUUGCCCAAAGGUUAGAUAAAUCUCUACUGGAGGCGCUUGAUUUAAUUCCACAAAACCAGGAUGUUGGAUUUUUAAAAUAAUUUUAUAUCAUUUAUUAUGUUUAGAUAUAACACGUAUGUUGAAAAAUAAAAAUUUUGUAACAAUUUUUUUA